UCUUUUCUCCGUCGUCACCCCUCCCCUCCGCACUCCGCCGCGGGCCGGCGCCGUCGACCGCGUCCUCCGCUCCGCUCCGCCGUGCCGCCUCCCUCCCCAGGCGUCGCCGAGCUCUGCUCCGUCGUGUCAGCUUCUUCCUCCUCCACCCUCUCCAAGUCUCCACGCUCCAACCUCCGUGGGCGCCACUUCCCCCAUGGCUCGCCGCCUCCUCGCGCGCCACUUCCUCCCGCAUCUCCGCCUCGGCCUCCCCGCGCGGUGCCUCGGGGACCCGUCCUCUUCCCCGUCGGCUCUGGCCAUCGCCCGCUGCCGCAACGUCGCCGGUCCUUCUACCCCUCCAAUUUGGGCCCUCGGAGGAACGCGAUUCUUUGCUGAUGAUCGCUCGCGCUAUGACCUGUUUGGUAAAAGAAGGCCAGGUGAUGAAGAGUUUAGGAAAGCUUGGCAAGAGAAUGUAGAUGAGGAGGACUGCCUGUGGACUGGUAGCGAGGAUGAGGAUGAGGAAGAGAAUGAUACAAAAAUGGAGAGAGAAAUUAAAAAAGUGAAGAAACAAGCCAAGGAAAAUGCAAAUCUAAUUGAUGCUGAUGACAGUGACGAAUUAAGAAGUAUAUGCUCUGAGAGUGAUGAAGACGAUAUGGCUCUCUGGAGUGGCAGUGAAGAUGAUGAUGAUGAUGACAUUCCUACUGAUGCACACCCCAAUGAGCGCAGUGAUUCUUAUAUAGACAAGGUGUUUGAAUUUGAUGAAGCACCUAAAUAUCGCACAAUCUCAGAGUUGUUGAAAGCUGAGAAGGAGCCGCCAGAGCUUUCUCCUGGAAAGCAAGCAAGAAAACUUGCUGUAGAAAAUGCUCUGAAGAAGUUGAAGAAAGGGCCUGAUGGACGCUACAUUAAUGUGUUUGAUGUUGUCACUGAUAUAGAUAUCCUUAUUGGUGCAUUUGAGAACAUUGUCUCAGGACCAGAAUAUGCAGAGCUACGGGAGGGUGGACCAAAGAAGCUUAAUAUACAGUUCUUUAAGGAUAUACAAGCACGCAUGAGGGACCCGAAUUUCAAAUUUUCUCCAGAGUUAAAGCUAAAGCCAAAGAGUAAGCUAGUGCCUAGGAAAAAGUGGCAGAAAGCACAAGCAAGGAAGAGGAAAAAUGAAAAACGUUGAGUCCAGAUCACAUCAUAAUGUAUUUCUCUGCCUCAUCAAAUAGUAUAUGUUAGUUUAUCUGUAGUGCUAUUUCACAAUCAAUAUCUUUUUUGUGAUGACACAAGUGCUUAUGAAAAGUAUUUGUCUUAUAAUUCCAUAUCUGUUCCGGUCACAACAUAAUAGGGUUCUGAAUUGUGUAGUAUAUCCUAAUUCACCAAGCAGAGAGUCUGAUGCUGAUUGUUUAAACUGCAAUUGUGGGCAUCAAGUUUCUAGUACAUGCGGCAUUUGGUGUCGUUUGAUGUUUAUUGUACCUUGGAGCCUUGGUGGAAACUACCUACUCAGGUUAUUUCUCUUUUGUGAAGGGAAAUAAUCAUUUGCCUUUACUAGACAUAUGAGUCGGAUCAGCUAACAAUGCCAGAUUCACUGUCAUUAGGUGAGUCCUUACAACUCAGAUUGAGUUCCUGCUCUUUUAUCCACAUAAUCACUGCAUAGAAUAUACAUAUGUUUACUUGCACUGUUUAAAACAGAAGUUGUGAAGAGCUGCAUUGUUUUUCUUAGGCUUUUCUAAUUGACUGAAUGAACAUGUGCAGGUGCCUAUGAAUGAGAAGAUGUACAUUGAAUUUAGGCUGCCUUGAACUUACUGUUUUCUUGUGCAAUACACCCAUGCAUUUAAAAGAUCAUACUUAUCGUGAGGCCUGUGCCUGAACAAUCUGUUUUUGCUUAUAGAAGUAUGAUAUAAGGUAGCACUCCAGCUUUGUAAAGGGUAUAUGGGUGAUUAUUGCUAAUACUAACCUUCUGGUGAAGGCUGUUGCCAUAGCCAUACCACUACACCAUGUCUGAUAGGCUGGACAGAUUCAGCCUGCAUGUUAAAAAGUUGAAUUUGUCGCAGAGCGGUCCAAGGUUCUCUACCUGGCCUGCAUAUUGUGCUAGCUGGAUCAUGUUGCCACACUAACCGUGCACAUAAACAAGCUGGCGAAAGGUUGUAUAUUUGCAUCAAAAUAUUUUGCCGACAAGUCUGAGAACGUACUUUCUUAAUGUACAUGGCUGGUGAAAUUGACAACAGUAGAUGCUUGAAAUUACAUCUCUGCAAUAUAGUAUUUGAUGUUGAUGAAUAUGGAAUCGUGGAAGAAUGAUGUGUAAAUAGUUUAACCUGGUUAUGUUUACCUCUGCUUUUCAGGAAGAGCAAAGGAAAGGAAGCUUCCUUUGGCAUCAUGCAGAUAAGUGUGCCCCUGUCCUUCUUGUAGUUAUUCUUUAUUUUAUCCACACUUCUCGCCUCUAUUAUAGCUCCAUCCAUAUUAAACAGCAGCUAAACAGUAUUAUAAGAUUCGCCGUGCCAAGUUUCUUAUCUGGAAGCACGGUUACAAAUCAAUAUUUAAGUCCUUUGAAUCUGUUGUUACUUCUGAAAUGCUAUUCGUACUUUAGUAGGGCCUGAAAAGCAUCUUAUUGAAGUUUCUUGCGUCGGUGUUGUGGUAGGUUGGCUCCACAACCUAUUGAUCCUUUAUCUAAAGCUUACUGACUUUAUUUUAUAACAUAUAACACUAAAGAUUCAUCUAGAUUUUUGGGUGAGAAAAGACGCCUUGCUUUAAACUAAGGCAGUCUAUUUAAAUUAUUCUCUUACUACGUGAUUUCUUCAGGAUGACUGUCCUGGACUAUUUUAUUAGGGUGAUUACUGUUUCAGUUAUGAGUUUAGCAUCUUUUAUGCCAUGGGGCCUAAUGAAAAGGUCUGGUCAUGAAGCUUUUGGUUUUGUUUCCUAGAGGUAAUUUUGCUGAGCUUUCAUGGAAUUCCAUUUCGUUUGUUUAUGCGCCUUAGCCAUUUCACAAGGUUGCUGCAUGGUGCCCCUGACUUUCCAAAUUCAAAAUUUUCGAAAAUAUGUAACUCAACAGCGAUGACACACAUGGCAUAUGACCAUGUAUCAGAGCCCUGAAACAUAGCACUAUCAUGUCUGUCCGGGUGAAUGUUGCAUCCCGGAAAGAAAUCACAUCACCUCUCCCAAUGGCAUUUUGCUUGCUUGUUCAUUUUGCAGGGGCCAAGUUUCUUGGUAGUUGCAAGCACGAAUUCACUGUGCUUCGCACCUGCGGGUCAAAAGACAUGCCCCCAUGGUGCUCCUGUGCAGGCCUUGCUGUCUCAAAGCUUACUCUUUCCUGAACAUUUUUUCCCCUUUUCAUGCUUCUCUCACUGGCCUUUCCUGUCAUCAUAAUCCCUUGUACUAAAAGCAAGUAACAAGCUAUUCUAAUGAUAUACCAAAGCUGCCUGCUAAAGGCUAAAGAUGAUCUUUUGUGUUUAUAGUUUACUGUGUUUGGCUUUCCAUGCCCUCAGCUGAGUCCCAGCUUUUGUCCACUGAUUCCUGUGUUCUGGUCCCUCCUACUCACUGCCUCACUGAUGUACGUGGGUCUCACAUGGCUGUUGGGAAUCCUGCCCUCUCUCCCACACACGGUGUACAUACUGCAUACAAUAGAAAGAGAGGUGUUGACUGAAAUGGAGAAAGGGCUCUAUCUCAACUUCACUAGCAUGGUGUACGAUGGUAGUGUCUAUAUCAUCUUUUUUCUGUUGGGGAAAAUCAUCUUUCCCACAAAGUGAUUUGUGCUGGGUACCAAUAAGGCAAGGAGUUGGUGUCUUUUGUUACAUCUAUGAAGGAAAGAAAAACGGGCUGGUGAUCUAGGUUUGGCUUGUUUGCUGGGUGGUGCAUAAGGUUUUGUCCUCUUACCAUUUCGAUUUGGGACCAUCAAUUUGGUGAAAUGAAGAUGUGGGUUUGGAAUUAAUUCUUUUGUACCUGUGUGGGUUCAAUGUGCUUACGACUUGUUAUGAUUUGUAUUUAUUUUCGUAGAAAUUAGCUGCAUACAUGCAUAACUAUGGUUUUUAUCCUUGAGUUAAUUCAUUUCAUUCCUUGUCCUGCAGGUUGCUUUGCACGUUAUGUAUUUACCAUCAAGAUAUCCAUCUGGGUCUUGCCUUGAGUUGACCGUCACUACUGUAUCCUGUAGGUGUGCGUGCUGCACGCCCCCUGUGAGUGUUUACAAUAUUGUAACACUUCAUCCAUUCCACACUUCCACCCAUCCAUGGAAGAUUAAACAAACAAAUUGCAUGCCAGUUUCUCUUCCCGAGAGGCCUAUGCAUACAUUCUUUAUAAAGUGAAACUGACUACUGCGUGUUAUUACAAAAGUAUUUGCCUUUGUAGUUCCUAGCUCUUACAGUUAGCUAACUGUUUGCUUGUGCGGAUAAACUGCAUACCUAAAGUUUUCUUAAAUAUAGUUAAUAACAAACACUGACAAACGUGGUUAAUUCGAUGGUUUGCACCAUGCUCACCUCACUCAUCUCAUGGUACCCUGUAUAAAUGAACUUGAUAAACCUCUAAUAAUUUGCUUUAUGUCACCGGUCCAUUUCCUUUUUCAAUAUACAUCUUUUUUGGCCUAUUUGGUGGGUGCAUUAUGAUUUCUGUACUACAAGUCUGGCAAAAGUGGUAAAAAGGACAGACGGGAAAUCAGAAUUUAUUUUGGUUAGGGACCAGGACCAAUGAGUUCAUGAAGGGAGCAACAGCCAUUAUGGUGUGCAUUCAUUUUCAACUACCUUUACCAGCAUACACUUUCAUCAUGAAAUUCAAUCAUAGUUGGCAUCUAUGGUUUUUAGCAGGCUCACUAUUUGCUUUAAUCUCCAAUGGAAUUUUCACCCUUGCAGGUUCGCAUUUCGCAAUGGAUCGUGGGUGUUACAGGUAAGCAAGCUUCUCAUUUCGGUUCUGAAAUCGUCUCUCGACUGAUAUAUUCUCCUGCAGUUUUCACCAAGAACGCUACCCUGGAAAAUUGGGAAACCUGAAAUAAGAGUCAUAACUUUUACAGACAAGUCAUAUGUACUUAAUUAACCGGGGCGCUUUUUGAAGGUGCGUGCAAAUGGAUAAAGCUUUAAGCUGCUUAGCAGAAGAUAUUUUCAUUAAAGUGGAUGCGUCAAGAAAAGGAGAACUAAAACAAGUAGGAGUACCAGCUAAACACCACUGUGGCGACACUUGUUCUGGAAGCAAAGAAAUGGAAGGCCGUAACUUCGAUAAAGCUGCGUGAGUUCGAGAAAGAAAUGGUAAGUACCUUCAAUCUUCUGAAGCAGCUUCUUCACCUUGUGCUUACAGCCAUCACAGUGUAUGUUCACCCUCAGUACAUGGGUCUGCAAGCAAACAAAAGCCCCAAGAACAGUUGAGUCCUCAACUCAAGCACCCUCCACAAAGCAUAUAGAGGCAAGACAAACGGAGAGAGAAAGAGAGAGAUACCUGGAUCUUGACCAGCUUGAAAUCCUCAUCUUUGGUCAUUCUGCAGAGCACUGUUUGCAAGUUGCAGGGAAGAGAAUGAGAGAAGAGAGGAGAGGAGAUGGAGAAGAAGAGUGGGAGGAGAGGAGCAAUGGCCAGUGGCUAGUAGUGGAGUGGUAGGGAAGUGAUGGUGGUUCUUGUACCGUUGCAAGUGAAGCCACUACUUCCCUGCAUUUAAGAAAGGGUUCUUUCUAUCUGCUCUCUUCUUCUUCUACUACUACUAGCUCCUCCUCUUUUCUACUACUACAAUUCUACCUCCUCUCUUCUAUAAUCUCACUGACCCUCCCACAUGGGUGAGGGUCUUCUCUUCCUGACCCCACCACCUCCAUCGGUGUAGUAAUUUUUUUUUUUUUGCAUGGUUACAUACAGAGCACCCUCUCUCUUCUCUCUCUCGGUUAGAAUAGUGUGGGUAAAACAUCACUUUUGUAGUCUCUCCAGAACAUUGUCUAAAGAGACUGGGGAAGGCCUGUUGGGAGCUUUGAAGUUUGGACUUGGCAGUACUAAAAAAUAUUACUACUCCCUCCCUCCGAGAAUAUAACAAUCUAUAAUCGGAUUAGACGUAUAAUAAUAUUAUGUAUUUGGACAUAUGCAUGUCUAAAUUCGUAGUACUAUAAUAUGUCUCAUCCAGUACUAAAUUGUUAUAUUCUAGAAUGGAGGAAGUAGUAUCAUGAGAGAGGAUUUUAUCAGUUUCCCUGUCAUUACUUAUCAGUUCUUGGAGUAUAACUUAGAAGGUGCUGACUAGCUGGAAUUUUAAACCUACUUUGGAAAGCAGAAGUUUCGUGUAAUUUUUAUGGAAAUUUUAAUUAAUAUUUAUAUAUUAUUAUUUUUUAUAAAAUUCAUGUGUUUUAAAGGAGCAUGUAGGGUUCAUAAGAAGAUGGUUACAACUAUGAUUCUUUGGAGUGGCAUUUAUUUACUUGCUUGCUGGGUUUUUAGAAAUCUAAUUGGUCAGAUCUGCUUAAUAAGCCACUUAGCUCUUCUUUUUAAUGCAAACUUAUUCUCUCUUUGGCUGUGGAUGUAAGGUAAUACCUUAAAAGUUGUUUACUUUAGUUCAAUAGAGAUGUCAAAUUUCUAGUUAGCAUACAGCCAUACUUUAAGGCAAGCCAUUGUUUGUUGAACAUAGAGAGCACAAGGUCACAUGGGAAACUGGAAGUGAUUAUAAAUUCCAAAACUUUUUAUGUAAAAACACCUUUACUUUUCCUUUCUGGCAAUUAACAAACACUUGAACUGAUGAAAGUACAUUCUUUUAGCAGAAGUGUUGCCACCCUGUUCCUUUCCUAAAACUGCCAAGCUUAUCAUAUCACCAAAGAUAAUCUAUCAAACAGUAGCAGCAUAGUUCACACAAAUGGAACACUAACAUGGGCCCACAUGUCGGUCUUGCAACGGCACCAACACACCUUGGGGCCUCAUCACUGCGUGUGCAGUGAGCUGUGCAUGCACACACAGAUACACUACACAGAGGAGACACACACAGGCAGAGAAAGAAGGAGAGAGCAGGUGAGUGAGUGAUGGAGACGUUUAUUACUGAAGACUGAUGAGUAUAGGACGAGCAGCAGCAGCCAGCAAAGCAAGGAAGGCGAUGGUGGAGGGAGGGACGAAGGAAUUGAAAGCUAGCCGAGUUGAUGAAAAAGCAAACAGCGACAUGACGACCGAUGGCUCUUCCUAUCCUUCACUGCAAUACUGCAUUGUGUUUUGUGAGUUUUAUAGUCUCCAGUACUAUGCUGCUGUAGACUUUGCUUCACGUUAUGCAGGAUGCAGCUGGGGCUAUGUCGUAUGGAAGGCAGUGGAUGGAGUUGCAGCAAUAGCAUCAGAAAAUCAGGAAUUCAGGAUUGCUACUGGGAGUACGAGUCGUCAACUACUGAUCGUCCGGAGUGCAGUCGAACAGCUCUGCACCUGCACUGCAUUGCUCCCUCCAACGGGUAAAAAGGGCUCAGGCAAUAGGUGGGCCCCACGGUGGCAGUGUCUCCAAUGACAGUUAGCUAUUGCUGAGUGUCCUUUGCAACAGUAUUAUGAUGGUGUUACUCCAGCUUACUCCUUGUGGCCUUGCCUGGGGGCGGUGAAAGCUGAUCAAUGGAGGUAAAAAAAAAAAGUGAGUGAAAUGAAGUGAAGAAAGGCUGUGGAGAAUGUAGGCCCCUUGACAACACCCAACAGUGCCUGAGUUUUUGCUGGAUUUCAGGGCUUGGUUUUGGCUUCUCUCUGUUGGCUGUAGCUGAAACAUUUUCUCCUUCUCACACACAUGCAUCGUCUGCACAUCAAAGAUUGCUACUCCUAGGUAUUUUUGGAUCAUCUGCCACGGGCUAUAUAUCUGCACAUGCUUGAUUAUUUUUCCAGACUUGCUUCCUUGUCUAAUUGGACACAAACGGACGUUCCGGAUAAGAUUGGAACAAGCUGCAAUAAUUCCAUAUACUACUGUAUCCCAACGAUUUGAAAGAGUGCAGAGUUGGAGUGCACAAACACAUUGGAUAGGAAGCAAGAAACCGAGUGGUUAAUGGGUCCUAUCGCGAAAAGACAAAGCAGCGAAGUAGCUGGGCAUAAAUUCAACAAUUCAUUUUUCGUCGUCCAUUUGGAUUUUGGGCAGUCCUGUCCAUGCUGUUCCAGUCGAUGGGAUUGAUUGCUGAGUUUCUAGAUCGUGUGUUAGAUGUUUCCAAUCGAUGUGAUGGAGUAUCUUAUGUUUGGGACACCGAAAUUUUCACUUGAAGCAUCAUGAUGUCUCUCUGUCGGAGCAUGGUAGGUUCUCACUUCCUCUCCGUGUAGGAGUAUCUGCUGAAGAAAUUGGACUCAAGUAUAGUUUGGUUCUUGUUCUGUUGUUUGCAAUGAAUUUCAGGUGAUGUCGCACAUGUAAUAUUUGCUAUUGACAUUAACGAGGAUGCCUUAGCUUGUUAGCAA